CACAAGCAUUAAGACUGGUAAUCAUGAUGACGUAAAUAUCAGUCUGACAGUGGAAAUACGUAACUAAAGAGAGUGUUUAAAGAAUAUCAAGACAAAUAAAAAAACUAAAUGAUACUUUGAUUUUAUAGAGAUGCAUCAUUUGGCUAUAAACCAAAGAAAGCCCCCCUUGAUGUUUUUAAUAAUUACCAUUAAUAUUAAGAAGAGUUACUUAAUAAUAUCUUCCAGUAUGUUGGCUGUGCUUUUGGUCUGUAUUGUUUAGUAUUGUUUAAUGGUUAAUUUACAUAACUUAAAUUACUGUAAGGUGUAAUUAUCUCUUGUUGCGAAGGAGUUUUCAGUGAUAAACAAAUUUUUAAAUGAAAUUAAAAACACAGUGACAAACUGCAUAAUAACUCAAAGGACAUUAGUCUACCGGUCUAAAAUGGUAAAUGGAUACUUAUUUAGCACCUCCCUACUCGGUUCCUUGGUAUGUGGUGUGAGGAUGGUUGUUUACCCCAAGAUCUGAAAUAUGCCAGAAUAGGGCAGCUGCACAAAGGCAAGGGUGAAAAGUCCAGUUGUGACAACUAUCAAGCAUUUCAGGCAAAAUCCUCUAAGGUGAUUUUAAAAAGGUUGAAUACCUAUCUUCAGAAGAGACACUACCAGAAAGCCAGUGCAGUUUCCCCCAGAACAGAGGUAGAGUUUACGUAAUUUUUGCCAUAAGAUAGAUUCAAGAGAAAUAUAAGAAACAAAAUAUGAAUCUGUAAAACCUCUUUGUUAAGGUGUUCAACAUAGCGUCAUGCCAAGAAGCUGUUUUCUGAAUUGGAAUUCCUCCCAAGAUGGUAAAAAUAAUCAGAUGCUUUCAUGAUGGUGUAAAAGCAGGACUAGACAUUGGCUGAGACGAUGAUGAGUUCCUCAUCAAUAAUGAAGUCAAGCAAGGAUGCUCCAACACCCUUCAGCUUCCAUUUUAGGCAUUGCUUCUCUCGGCUUAUAAAGACUUAAAAAUAGGGAUCCAGAUCACAUACAAAACAGAUGGAGGUAUCAUUAAUACUCAGCGCCUAAAGGCAAAGACGGAAGUCACUAAAUCACUUCUUCAUGACUUCCUCAGUGCUGAUUACUAUUCUAUAGUCAUGCCUGAAAUAAAGAUCAACGAUAAGGUACUUGACAAUUUUAACUCCUUGACCUAACUUUGUAACAGUCUAUCCUCUUCCAACAGUCUUAGUAUUUAGGUAUCCAGCAGCACUGCUAAGGCGAGUGCUUCCUAUAGACUCCAGAAGUAAGUAUGGAACCAAAAGGGAUAUAAAACUGGAGACUAAGUGUGCAUUUUAGAGAGCAGUAGUCCUUACUGCAUUGAGGUAUGGAUGCAAGUCCUGGACUUGCAUUGAGGUAUGGAUGCAAGUCCUGGACUCUUUCAAGGAUAGACUCACUGAUACAGUGUCAGCUAAGAUGGAUACAUGAUAACAGGUAACCAAAGCAGCUCUUCUAUGGUGAGCUGACAAACCAAGAUGAUGGCCAAAGCUUUGCUAGAGAGACACCUAAAAAAUGCAGAAAUGUGACUUUGAUGAAGAACAAUGGAAAAUCAUGGCAAACAACAUUGUAGAGAGUUCCUUUGAGUAUCCAGUAUGCAGCUGCCUGUGUGUGUCAGAUUUAGACCUGAGAUCCUACAUGAGGGUACAUAAAUAAACAAUGCUAUUUUGGACUCUAUCCGGAUAGUCAAUCCUAUAUAUCAUAUAUUCUCAGGUUGAGCAUUUUCUACUACUACUGUCGGUCACCCAUGCACAAACACACCUAAUAUAGCACUUUUAUCUAUGCCUAAGUGCUUUUUUACAGUUUUUCUCAAAUGCUAAAACACAAACGCCAAACCUCUAAACCAAAUGACCACUUGUCUAAACACAUUUACUAAAUCUAGCCAUCAUUUACCAAUAUCAUAAACACAUGUCACAUGAAGACACAAUUCACAGAACAUAAUCCUCCGUUGUCAUAAAUCUAACCACAUUUUGCCUUGCUAAAACACAAGUUGCAAAAGAACUCUGCUCAUAUUCUCAAAUGAAAGCUCAUGUGAUGCAACAUGCUUGCCACAGUCAGCAAUAUUUGAACACAAUGAACACACCUGGCGUCAUUCAUUACACACAAUGACUCAAAAUUGAAGACACUUGUUGCUAAUGCUGUGACCACAUGUAUAAAAGCAAGUUCAGAGUGCACAGUUUGCUGAAGAUUCCAAACAAACACAAUGGAUGAAGGCAGAGUCAGGGGAAGAGGAAUUCGAUGCAGAGGAGGGAGAAGAGCUGGCCCUGGAAGAAGAGGAGCAGGCCAACGAGGAAGAGGAGUUCAAAUGAGAGGAGGAAGAGGAGCAGGUCAACGAGGAAGAGGAGUUCAAAUGAGAAGAGGAAGAGGAGCAGGUCAACGAGGAAGAGGAGGAGGCCAACAUGGGAGAGGAGAAGGUCCAGGAGGGAGAGCAAGACAACCUCGCACCAUCAUUACGGACGAGAUGCGAGCAACAGUCAUUGACCAUGUCAUUGUCCAUGGCAUGACAAUGGCUAAAGCAGGACUAAGAGUCCGUCCAAACCUGAGUAGGUUCACCGUGGCCAGCAUUAUCAGGGCAUUCAGACAACACAACAGGUAUUGUACUCUAUUGCUUUCUUUGUCACAAUACAGUUUUACAAACCUGUGAAAGUAGGCUAUUGGUUGCAAAUCAGUUCGGACUGUAUUGUAACACAUGUCAAUUGACAACACAUGUUUCUUUCUUUAGAGUUGAAAGAAUGCCACAUAGAGGUGGGAGGGUUGCCAUAUUUACAGCGGCACAAGAAACCCUCAUUGUGGAAAUGGUUCGUGGGAACAACCUCAUCAGACUCCGGGAGAUCAGAGACAAAGUCAUUGCCGAUAAGGUCAACUUUGAGAGCAUUGACGAUGUCAGCUUGGCCACAAUAGACCGAGUUCUCCGGUGCCAAAAGACGCGGAUGAAACAGGUCUAUAGGGUUCCCUUUGAGCUCAACUCUGCGCGACACAAAGACCUACGUUACGAGUAUGUGCAAAGGAUAUUACAGUUGGACGCGAUGGCCAGACCUCAUGAGUACCUCUUCCUGGAUGAGGCUGACUUCAACCUGCAGAAACGAAGGCAAAGAGGCCGUAACAUCAUUGGCCAAAGAGCCAUCACUGAGGUCCCUGACCAACGGGGGGGUAAUAUUACUCUUUGUGCGGCCAUGGGUUCGGAGGGGCUUGUCCACCAGCAUGCUGUCCUUGGGUCUUACAACACCCAACGUCUCCUCACCUUCCUAGAGGAGCUAAAAGACAUCCUCCUGGACUGCCAACAACACCAUCCUGGGCCCGCACAUCACAUUUAUGUGAUCAUUUGGGACAAUGUCCGCUUCCACAGAACAAACCAAAUCAGAGAGUGGUUCACCACCAACAGUGACCACUUUUUAAACGUCUGUCUGCCACCCUACUCCCCUUUCCUGAACCCUAUAGAGGAGUUCUUCUCAUCGUGGAGAUGGAAGGUUUAUGACAGACAACCAUACACAAGAGAGAACCUCCUAAGGGCAAUGGAGCUGGCCUGUGUUGACAUCCCAGCGGAGGCCUUCCAAGGAUGGAUUCGCCAUUCCAGGGCAUUUUUCCCACGGUGCCUGGCGAGAGACAAUAUAGCCUGCGAUGUGGAUGAGGUGAUGUGGCCCGAUGCAGCUCAGCGACAUGAUGCCGCACAGUGAUUGUGGUGUGUGUGUGGUGUGAAUAAAGUAAAUAAAAAAAACUUCACACCCUGAUCAUGUUUUCAAGAGUACUGUUGUGUGCAAUAGAUUCUGUUUUUGCACUGAGUUGUGUUACAGUAGUGUACGUACAUGCAGGAUUUUCUAUAGAUUUAUACUCUUCAUAUGAAACUCACAAAUCUAAAUGCCUAAUCCUCUGCAGAGAUCUACGACGAUCCGUUACUGUAUAGUUUUGAAAAAUAUGCAUUGGCAGUUAUGAAACAAAGAACCUUCUCACAAAUUGAGCAUUGUGUUUUCAAUUGUUUUGCUGUAGUGUGUAAUGAUGUGUAUAGUGUUUACAUUUUUGAAAGCUUCGAGCUGCUCUUUUGGUGUGAAAGUUUGAGUUUUGCAGUGGGAAGGUGUGGUUGUGUUUAUGUAGCUUUAGAAAAGGGUGUUGUGUUUAGACAUUGGGGAACAUGGUGGGAACGUUUGUGAAAUGUGUUUUAGCAUUUGAGAAAAACUGUAACAUUCACACAUGUGUGUACAUGAGGUGCAGCUCAAGGCUCAGUAUCUUGUCUGUAGAUUUACUGCUUGCACAACAAUGUAUCAAUCUUCCGUUUGGUAGACAACUUGCUCUACCACCUGAGUAUAAAUUUAUUCUUGUUUGGGUUUUUUGUAAAGCACU